AAAAAAAAAAAACCAGCGAUCUUCACUUUUACAACAUUUCUGCGUAGAUAGAUAAAACGCCAUGGCGCAGGGUGCGGUUAAGAAGUCGUCAAACCCUAAUGCCGUCAAGAAGAACAAGAGGCCAACGACACAGAAGCCUCAACGCGGCGCCCGAGUGAUUGCCCCCAAGAAGGCCAAGCUCAUCGCGAAGCAGAAACUGUUGAAGAAGCACACGGCCGGUUUGACUGCGCUGACGGAAAAAAAUUUGGCCGAGAAGGCGGGACAUCUCGAGCUUCUGGGCGGUGGCAAGAAGGACAAGAAGGAGCAGCAAAAGACCGCGCAGAGCGGCAAGAAAUGAUGGACGGAAGUUGACAUGACAGAAGAGAAGCUUUGGAUCAUAUUUUUAUAGUUUUUCUCUUCACGUUUUCCGAGAAAAAAAAAAAGAAGAAACAAGGGAAAUCAAAAGGGCAUAGCGACAGGCGUUUUGGAAAUAGGUGGGAGACACCCGAGCGAGCUGCUAUAUUUCGCAAGACGAUACCCAAGAAAAAUGCUAGUGGUUAGCUACAAGUACAUGAGAAUAUCCAAGGUGAGGAGAAGACUUCACAACUCCGUUCCCGAUGAAGAGGCAGAUGGCGAGAGCCUGCUCUCAUUAGCACGCACGAGGAGGUGGGAGAGGGGCCAAGUUAUAUGACGCCAG